UUGAAGCAAAUGAAUUUCAUAAUUGAUUGCGGCCUUAAUGUAUCUGGCUUAAUAAAGUUUCCACCUCGCGACAACUUAGGCACUCGUGCCCACCAAAUGGCAGCAGAGACUGAGGCUCCAAGCAAUUCUUCCGAUCCUAUGAUAAUUGAGAAUGAGUCGAAGCGUACAAAAUUGGAUCCGUCCAUAGAUACAGCUAAUGGAAGCACACGUCGCGCUCGAGGUCAAUUCUACGUGGAGACUCCAGUAUUUUCGAGCGUUGAUUGGAAAUCUAUAGAUUUUAUAUUGAUCACCAAUUAUAAAAAUAUGCUUGCGCUACCUUAUAUAACCGAAUAUUCGGAAUUUAAAGGAAAAGUUUAUGCAACAGAGCCUACGGUUAUAUUUGGAUGCCAAAUGAUGAAAGAGUUGGUACAUUUUUUUGGUGAAAGUUCGGUUCCGGGUUCUUCUCGACAACGUGUGCAUGCUAAAACCGAAAAACCGAAUAUAUUUUAUGGUUUCACUGCUGAAAGUAACUUGGCUCAAUCUUUAUAUACAAUACCAGAUGUGCAGUCAUGUGUUGAUAAAAUACAACCUGUCCGAUAUGGUGAAAAUCUUGAUUUAUAUGGAGUUAAAGUUACUGCUCAUAGCGCCGGAUAUUGUUUAGGUAGCGCUAAUUGGUCGAUAGUCUGUGAUACCGAAAAGAUUGCGAUGAUAUCCUCUUCUUCCAUAAUAACUGAUAUUCAUCCAUUACCAUUUAGCAAAACUGUAUUGGAUGACGCUGAUGUUGUUAUAUUGAGUGAUUUGUGUGAUUCGCGUAAUGAAGAUGACAUCAGAUUAGAAUCUAUUUUACCUGUGUUACGUGAUAUUGGAAAUUAUGCAGGGGAUGUUUUAGCGAAUAAGGGAAAUGUUUUAUUUCCAUGUGCUCUUAAUGGUAUAAUGUUUGACGUGUUGGAUUAUCUUGGGAGGCAUCUAAAUUCCAGAGGACUUGGUGGUGUUCCAUUUUAUGCAAUUUCUCCCAUAGCUGAAGAAUCGCUCAAGUAUUCAUUUAUUUCAGGUGAAUGGAUGUGUGAAGAAAGACAGCUACGUAUGUACAUUCCAGAGAAUCCGAUGGUUCAUAAAGAUAUGUUUGAUAGGAAUCUACUCUAUUACGCUGCUCGUGCUGAUAGUUCUCUCCAAGAAAUAUAUCAAGAACCAUGCGUUGUCUUUGCGGGUCAUUCUUCCCUGCGAAGUGGUGCAGUAAUUAACUUUAUUAAAAAAUGGGGAAGUAACCCCAACAAUGCUAUCAUUUUCAUAG